AGACGAAUGAAAUUGAUAACGCACGUUGUUGUUGUUUAAUUGAUUUUCCGAUUUUUCCAAUUUUUUAUUAAUAAGUCCACUGCAUAACUAUGUCAGACACAAAAAUGGAGAAAAAGGAAAAGAAAAGAGCUAAAAAACGAAAGCAAACCGAAGAAGAUGGAAACGACAACAACUCUGAAGACGAUGCCAAACCCAAAAAAUCAAAAGAACUCGCAAGUGUCGACCAAAUGCACGAAGUUGUAAAACUAAAAGCAGCUCUCGAAACGACGCACGAAAGCAAACGCAGCAAAAAACGCAAAAAAUACAAUGAAAAAAUCGAAAAAAGUACCAACAUUCGUGCCGACAAGAAAUUCCUCGACGAGAUUGCCGCAUACCUCACAAAAUGGGAAACGGACAAAGAUUCAUGGAAAUUUCAAAAAGUGAAACAAAUGUUCAUCCAAAACAACGUGUUUAACGAUAAAAUUAUCUCUGACGACAUUUGGCACACGACUUUGAGCUACUUGGGCAGCUCUCGUGGCAAAGCGAAGGAACUUUUGAAGGAAAACGCCCAAAAAGUCAUCGAAAAAGUCGAUGCUGACUUCGAAUCGAGCCAAAAUAAGGAAUUGUUGCAACAAAAAACUUACACACGAGCCCGCGAAUUACUCCAAAUGUUAGAAUAA